AUGCAAGUUAGCCUGUCUAAUUAUGGUGAUAGCAAUACACAUUUCUUUACACAAUGGACGGCUGAUGGGUAUAGAUCGAUUGGAUGCUAUAACUUGAAGUGUGAUGGUUUUGUGCCUGUACAAAAUGCCCCUAUCACUCCAGGAGACACUAUAGAUCCUAAAAAUGGGAAACUUAAGAUGACAAUCAAGAUAUUCAAGAAGAAAGAUGAUGGUGACUGGUGGUUGUACUUUGGUUAUGAUAAUCAGAACCUUCGUGUUGUUGGAUUUUGGCCAAAAAGUAUUUUCAUUAAUAUGGCAGACCAUGCAAAUAAUAUACAAUGGGGUGGUUACACCAUGUCUGAUCCUGGGAGUGCUAGUCCCGCAAUGGGCAAUGUGCAUUGGCUUGGAAUUUAUUCAGCAACCGUUCGAGACGUCAGAUUUGUUGAUGACACUGGUAGAGGCUACAUAAUUGAUCCAUGGCCCAAGGGUCUAGUUGCUUCUUUAUCCACAAGAAAUGCUAUGGAGCCGUUAUAUCUGUAG